CAUCCCUCUUUUCUAUCUCUCUCCCUCUCUCGAACUCUCUCGAUCUCUCUCUCUGUGCGCGCAUGCUUUCCUCUGCCAGCACCGGAAAUGGUAGCUUCGGUCACCGUCUCACCCAAUCACCUCCACCAAUUGAUUCACCACUUAAACUAAGCCAUACCCAACCCAAAUCAACAACCUGCAACUACCCCAAUGUCGGUCCUCAAUCCCUAGGCCACUGCCUUGCCGAUCGGGGGACGGUCUCCGGCCAACUCCUCAGUCCACCGCUACCCCCGUUCCACUUAGCUGCUGACAAGGAGCAAAACCCAGAAGCCUUGAAGCCCGACGAUGCCGUACGCGCCGCCGCUGGAGCGUCGGCAGCCUUAGCUCCGCCGUGAGCUACGUCGGUUCUAACUCCUCACUUGGUAAGCUACGUUUCACUCUUUACUCCUAGUAGAGUCCACUGUUUUGGAAUCGAUUGAGAUAGCUAACUAUGCUGUUUUAUGUGAGGUUUGGUGUUAAUCGGUUUUUGGGUACGAAAUGGAAUUGAGG